AUGGAGUGUGUGAAUAAAGCGGGACAGCUCAUGAGUCUGGCGGCUCUGCAGCAGCAUGACCCCUACAUCGUGAACCUGCUGGACGUCGCCGGACAGGUCGCGCUCUAUACUUUCAGCUCCAAAGCUAACGAAUGGAAUCAGUCAUUUGAGAGAGAUGUUCAGGUGAGCUCUGAAGCUACGCCGUCACAGGAGAAGAGAGAGGAGGUCACAGCCGCUCAACACGAGAAGUCCGGUCACUCAGUAGUGAAGCAGAUCACAGUGGAAGAGCUUUUUGGCAGUUCUUUACCCAAAGAAGCGCCCCAGUCAACAAGCUCCACUGUGGGAGAACGCAUGCGUGGGCCUGCGUUUGUUCACUCGGUGGAGCCUCUCCUCGCUCCUCACCUCUCUGCUGACCCAGGAGGCACGGCGCUGGUCUCUCUCUUUCAGGGUUGUGGCACCCGAGACCCAAGACCGGCUGCUUCAAAUACGGAGGAGAGUGGGAGCAGGACCACCAGUCAGUCUGUGCGUCGAGGUUCGGCUGGUCCACUUCCUCCUGCGUAUAUGAAUCCUCCCACAGAUGGGCAUGGGCUGCCCGGGUUCAUGCCCAGCCCGCUGGUCACCCCACAGAGCUUCAGAGAAUCCGCCUGCAAAGGUCCAGGGCCCUUCACGGAAAAGGCUGCAUUGUCGGCACAGAGUAAAGAGGCGAAUGUGUUUACACAGUCCUCGACUCUGGUCAAACCCAUUCCAGCGGGGCCAGCUGUCCAGGGGGAGGAGUCUUCACUGCUGCUGUCUCCUAGUGUGUUCCAGCAUUCUAUGACCAAGACAGCCGAGCCACUGAAGAACCCCGCCUCCCCGACGUCUCCCACAGCAGACCUGCCCUCUUCCCUGUACAAUCGCACCCAGCUUAAAGAUACACUCAUACAUCUCAUAAAGAAUGACGCCCAUUUCCUCAGUGCAAUCCAUGAGGCCUACAUACAGAGCCUCUCUAAAGGCCUCAACAACAUCAAGUUAUAGCCACAAACUGAGAAAA